AUGCCGACCUCGCAGCCCGGGUCGGAGCCCGUGGAGGAGUACUGGGUCGAUGGCUCCCGACGGGACGGGACCGUGGAGGAGGUGUACGCCCUGGGAGCCGAGCUGGGCAGAGGAGCGACGUCUGUGGUGUAUCGCUGUGAAGAGAAGCAGACCCAGAAACCCUACGCUGUCAAAGUGCUCAAGAAGACGAUCGAUAAGAAAAUUGUUCGAACUGAGAUCGGCGUCCUGCUGCGUCUCUCUCAUCCCAACAUCAUCGAGCUGAAGGAGAUCUUUGAGACCGACACAGACAUCGCUCUGGUGCUGGAGCUGGUGACGGGAGGAGAGCUGUUCGACCGGAUUGUUGAGCGCGGUUACUACAGCGAACAAGAUGCAGCUCACGUCAUCAAGCAAAUCCUGGAGGCUGUGGCGUACCUCCAUGAGAACGGCGUUGUGCACCGGGACCUCAAACCAGAAAACCUGCUGUACGCCGACCUGUCGCUGGACGCUCCGCUCAAGAUCGCCGACUUCGGUCUGUCCAAAAUCAUCGACGACCAGGUGACCAUGAAGACGGUGUGCGGGACCCCUGGAUACUGCGCUCCAGAGAUCUUGCGGGGGAACGCCUAUGGGCCUGAGGUGGACAUGUGGUCCGUGGGAGUCAUCCUCUACAUCCUCCUGUGUGGGUUCGAGCCCUUCUUCGACCCGCGGGGCGACCAGUACAUGUACAGCCGCAUCCUCAACUGUGACUACGAGUUUGUGUCGCCGUGGUGGGACGAGGUGUCGCUCAACGCCAAAGACCUGGUGAGUAAGCUGAUCGUCCUGGACCCUCACAAGCGCCUGAGUGUGCGCGAGGCCCUGCUGCACCCCUGGGUGCUGGGGAAGGCGGCGCGCUUCUCCCACAUGGACACCACCCAGAGGAAGCUGCAGGAGUUCAACGCCCGCCGCAAACUCAAGGCUGCCAUGAAGGCUGUAGUCGCCACCAGCCGGAUGCACGAAUGCUCCAGGCGUCGCACUGACAGCUGUGAGAUGUCUGGGACGUCCCGCCAGAGCAGCAUGCAGCAAGACCCGCCCCCAGAGUCUACAGGCUCUGCCCCUGAGACCUCAAGCUCCUCCCCCAACCCCGAAGAAUCCACACCCACAGAACCAUCGCCACAGCAACCGACAGAAGAGGGCAGCUCAGAGCCAGAACUCAAACCUCUGCCCGGAAACAGUGACAUAAACUGCUCUGGCUCCGCCCCCAACCUGCUAAACCCCAACCCCAGCCCACUAAACCCCGCCCCCAGCCCACUUAACCCUGCCCCCGUCCGGCCACCGCUCAGAGCCGACGGCGUGCGGCCCGCCUCAGUCAUCCCCAAGAACUUCGUGGUCCAGUCGCAGAGGAGCCAGUCUGCUGUUGAUCCUGCCCACAUCCCCCAGACCACACCCCCACCGGCCACGCCCCCACCGGCCACUCCCCCUGCUGCCACGCCCCCAGGCCUCAGUAAUGGCCUGGACACAGAGAGAGAGGAGCGUGGACAGUAA